AUGCAGCGACGAAUUUCCCACCCAAAAAUGGUGCGCUCAACUGUGGCUUCGCUGUGUGUAUUGCUUUUAAUAGCAUGUACGUCGUUGGAGUCGUAUGGCGUGGCUGAUGAAACAGCAGUACAGCCCGACUGCGAGGUAAACGGUCACACCACAGCUUGCAUCUGCAAGCAGAACCCUUCAGGACCCGUGGCGGUGUCAGAAGAUCCGGUGCCUGUUGCCACCCUGUCAGAGUCGACCAAUGUCAUCAGCGUGGAGUGCCAGGACUCUCUUUCCUUCGUGCCCUCCAAGAAAGACAACAUCUGCCUAGGAAAAGUGAGUGUAGAGAAUCUGAAGGCUUGUCAAAAUGCUGUAACUCAAAGCAAGAGUGUGACAUCUACGAUAAGCGAACUGCUCACCCCCACUCCACCGGUUGACGAUGUAAAGUGGAUUUCCAGCGACAACCAUCAUUAUUCUCUAACCGUUCCACGUACGAAUUUCCCUUUCACCGAUAAGGCCUUUUUCGUGGGAUGCCAAAACAACAACCAGAAACACUGCGUGGUGCCUCUCAUGGUGAAGGCAAGAAAGUCUGUGCUCGAAGACAAGGUCCUCAAGUGCGCAUACGGCACAGACAGCAACACGCCUGUACCGGAACUGACUCUGGAUCCCACCAGCAACUCACUGACAGUCGACUGUGGCGAGGACGGAACAAUGCCCCUUACGGGAGAACUGCCAACUGUCUACUACUGCAAGGACUCCGCCACCGAUGCCUGCGAUCCUGUCAAGGACGUGACGGAAAUCCUGCCGGGCUUCGCCAAGGAGUGGUGGACACCUGUGAAUGGUCUCGAGACCACAGCCAAAUUGACAGUGCCGGAGGGCGGUUUUCCUGUUGAGCCGAAGACGAUUGUCCUUGGAUGCACCCUCAAAGAAUCAGGACCUAAGGCAGAUCAAGAGCAGACUGCUGAUGCUGAGUCUCUUACCGGGACCGUCCCUACCUGUAGGGUGAAGGUUACGCUCAGUGCGCAUGCGAGCGGUUCAUCACUCAUGGCCGUUCCGAUGAGUGGGUUAGCGUUGGCAUUUGCGCCAUGUGUUGUUGCGUUGCUUUUAUAA